UAAGCACUUAUCUCGGUAACAAUUCAUUUUUUUUUAUAAAAAAUAAAACAUUUUAUUUUGUAUACAGUCGUUGGGUUGUGAACGCGAUUUUCCCAGUAGAUCAAUAAAGUGUCUCUAAUGUAUGCGCAGUAAAUACACAAAUAGGUAACCUCCAAGUGAUUGUAUGUUUGUGUGUGUUUAUAAACUUGAUGACAUAAAUUUAACAUGCGUUUAGUGAGUUUUACGUAAAAAAUAAUUCGUUAAUCUAUUUUUCGCGAUAAAUUUUUUUCAAAAUGAAAUUAAUUCCGGUAACUUAUCAAGGCUUUACCGCUAUGGAUAGACGGUUUUCUAGCCCUAUGCUGCCUUGGAUAGUAUCGGAAAUAAGGAAGAGGAAUUGCGCGGAAAAGUUGAGUUUGGGAGUUGAAGAAGGAACGUUACAAGCGUACAAUCAAGAUUUUGAAUUACAAUUUUCGCAUAGAGUCUCAUCGAUGACGAAAUUUUCUCAAGCGGAUAUGGAUCCGACUACUUUCCUUUAUCUUCUUAAAGACGAACAAGAAAAUCUUCUUUAUUGUUAUCUUUACCUCGCCAAGAACGUUUCGGACGUAACUGAUUUAUAUAAACAAAUGAAGGAACAAACUCACACGCCGCCAACUAGAUCAGUAAGCAGUGCUGCAAACUUGACGUCGCUAUGCGUCGACAUCUCACCAAGUUCUAGUAAUUUUUUCGAGGUACUUUAUAUUGGUAAACUUAAAGUAUGGCAGAAGCAGGUUCCCGCCACGUUCAUAGAUGACGCUUUGGAAAAAUUCAAAACGCACGAAUUAGAAAAAUGUAAAGGAAAACGCAUCAGCCGAUUGAAAAGCGAAAGUUAUCUAAUCAGAAGGAAUUCGACGGAUUCUACUACGAGUGAAGAUUCAAUAACAAAUAUCAACGUACAUCCUUUAUUAAGGUCGCAAUCUGUGCAUUCGAAUUUAAUUGCCGACCAAGGAGAACAAAAUCAAAUAUUGAACACCUUGGCUGCGGAAUCCGAAAAACAAGACUACAACGCCAACAAACCAGUCACAGAUAAUGUUACUAAUCAAAUUAAUCAAGAAAACGAUUCUAUAAAUAACAAUAACGAUGAAACGAACAACAACAACAACAGAAACAACAAUUUUACUCGUACCGAAUCUACGAUGAAUUUGGAUGAUCAUAAUAGAACAAUGGUUUUGCAAGUAGACAGAACCGAUUUGAGAUUGAUAAGUCCCGAUAGAAAAAUUAUUUUAUUACAUAAACAACAUAAGGAUAUUACCACUUGUGUACAGGGUAUUACCAGAUCGGAACAUUUUGGAUUCAUAUGUAGAGAAGGACAAAGUACUUUCACUCACGUUGGGUACAUUUUUAAAUGCGAAUCCGCUUCGAUAGCCAAUGACGCCAUGGCAGCUAUAACCCAGGCGUUUACCAACGUAGACACCAAACCGAAGACGAUUACAUCUUGUGAUCACUGUCCCAUGGUAUGGUAUCACAAAAUUUGCGUCGAAGUAGAAAAUAUGUCUGACAGAAAAACACAAGCAGCUAUCUUUAGAAGGAUAGAACAGCUGGAUGACGAAGAACAGACUAUAAUAUUAACGAAAUUCCGAGGCGCCGAAACAGAUUCCGUCCGCGAACAAAAUGAAUUUUUAAUGAUGUUAUUAAGGGCUCAUUGCGAGUCGAAACAAUUAAGACACGUCCACGACACCGCCGAGAACAGAUCGGAAUUUUUAAAUCAAUAUUUAGGCGGUGGCACUAUUUUCACCAAAGCAAAAAGAAGCUUCGAUCAACUAUUAAAAAGAAGAAUAUCCAAAGAGGAUUUCGGGGUGACCAGUAGAGGAUUGAACCUUCCUAUAAAUAGGGAAUCUUCUCCUAGCGUUAAUGAUAUUUCUGAUAGGGAAUCUGAACCUAGAUCCAGAUCAUCAACAAUAGGAUCACAAAACGAUCUCAAAGAUACUCAUCUUAACGUUAGAGAAAAUAACAAAAGUUCGGUAUCUCCAGAAAAGAGUUUGCAAUGUGAAAAAGGACUCAAAUCACCUAUGAUGGACAUAUUUUUGAAAGUUGGUAACAGUCAUAAAACGACUAUUCCUGAUGUUGGAUCAUUGAAUAGAGACGCGGGCUCUUGGAGACAGGCUAUAUUCAAAAGAGUAGCUACCCCCAAACAAGAAAAUCAACAACCGCGAGAUAGAAAGCGAACACGCGAAGAAUUAAGAGUGUUAUGGAAAACGUCCAUUUAUCAGGCCAUACUUUUGGUUAGAAUGGAAAAAGAAAAUGCCAAAAUUAGAGCUAAACAGGAAGAAUCGGCAGUGAAAAGGAUAAAAUUGGAAUACGAUGAAAUGCGAUUGGUACAAAGAGAAUUAGAAGUAUGGGAAAUGAUCACAAACAAGGAAGGCACUGUUGUUAAAGUGGAUUCUCAAAUGUUAUUGCAAGCUAUAAGACAAGGUGUACCGCGCGGUAAAAGAGGAGACGUUUGGCAAUUUUUGGCUAAAAAAUACGUCGCAAAAAUCGCUCCUUUAGACACGUCGUCUUUCCCUAAUUAUAACGUGCCGUAUGAAACUUUGCUAAGACAAUUGACCUCCCACCAACAUGCUAUUCUCAUAGAUUUAGGUAGGACAUUUCCGAAUCAUUCUUACUUCAGUAGUCCUUUGGGACCUGGCCAACUAGCUCUCUUCAAUUUACUGAAAGCUUAUUCCUUAUUGGAUCCUGACGUUGGGUAUUGCCAAGGUCUGAGUUUCGUAGCUGGGGUUCUUCUACUUCAUAUGGAGGAAUCCAAAGCGUUUUCUCUAUUAAAACAUUUAAUGUUUCGUAGAGGCAUGCGCACGCAAUAUCUUCCGGAUAUGGUUAGCCUUCAAAUAAAACUCUAUCAACUUUCGAGACUAAUACACGAUCAACUUCCGGAUAUAUACGAUCAUUUCGAUUAUUACGAAGUUGCUCCAACUUUAUACGCAGCUCCUUGGUUAUUGACAGUUUUCGCUUCGCAAUUUCCAUUAGGAUUCGUCGCUAGAGUAUUUGAUUUGAUAUUUUUGGAAGGACCCGACGUCAUAUUCAGAGUGGCUUUGUCACUCUUAACGAUCCAUAGAGAAAAUUUACUAGUUUGUGAUAGCUUCGAAGAAAUAAUGAAUUACCUGAAAGUCCAACUUCCAAACAUCGAUAAAUCAUCAUUAGAAAAAAUAAUGAAAGAAGUUUAUAGUACGGUUUAUACGAAACAACUGAACGAAUAUAAAGUGGAAUACCAAGUUUUACAGGAAGAGAUGAAUUCCUCGAAGCCCCAAGUAGAAAUAAUAAAUAAAUUAGAAUCGGAAAAUAAAAAAUUGAACGAACAGAAUAAAAAUUUAAUGAGACAAAUGGAGUUGAGUUUAUCGAACGUUCAACGAUUGGAGAAGACAAGGACUUUACAACAAGCCCAAUUGAACAAACUAGAAAUGCAGAACAGAGCCUUGGACGUAACCGUAAGCACUUUGGGAUGGUUCGUAAAUUCUUUAAUAGAACAAAAAGUAGACCUCGAUAUACCGGACGACGUGCAAAGAAUAAUUUCCCAAUUAUCCUUCACGGAAAGGGUUAAAAACGAAGUUAAACAAAACAACCUUCUACGAAUGUUCCAAAAAAGUCCGGAAAAAGUUAUGACCAAAUCGCAAAGUUUGAACAAAAUUAAUUUACCUACUAGUAUAUUAGAAGAAAACCGAUCGAGAACCAACAGUUUUAGUUCCAAAAAAGAUUCUACUGAAAAAGUGUCGAAAUUUUUUUCCGAUUCACACAAUAACAUCCUACAACAAAAAAUCCAUCCUAAAAUUGAUGUAACUUUGGAAAAUAAACCUUCCCCUACCAAUUCGGAGGAUAGUGGUAUAAUUACACCGGGUAGUGGUCCUGUUAGUCCUAAAUCAACGGAAACUCACCCCCUCAGUAAUUGCGAUGUAACGUUCACGUUUAACGGUACUAGAGAAUUGAAAAGUAUCAAGAAUAUUAAAAAUCUAAGACACAUUUCACCCGAUAUUAUGAGUAAAUGAUUCAUACAAUAUUUUAGAUUUAGAUUAGGGUGAUAUUCAUUUUUAUUUAUCGGUUGAAAGUAUUUUGUUGUGACUUUACAUUAAAAAAAAACAAAUUAUCAUCUUGAUUCGCCUCUAGAUGUUUCAACUGGGCUCUCCAGAACUUCGUGGUCUUCUUUUAUCUCUAGUUAACCAUCACUCAAUAAGUCGUGUGGCUAACUAACAUAUUGUGAGAUCAACGGAUAGCCAGUAGUCACUGGGGGGUUAGAUCUGGACUAUACGGUGGAUAAGAAAGCAAUUCAAAGUGUAAUUCGUUCAAUUUAACGAUUUGUGAAUCGGGGCAUUGUCUUAACGCAAUAGUGGUUGGUUCCUCGACAUAUAAGGCCAUUUUUCAUUGAUUUUUGUAAUCAAACGAUCCAACAACUCUAUGUACUAUUCGCUAUUGAUUAUAUCUCCCUUUUGGAAAUAGUCGACGAAUAAUAUUCAAUGCGCAUCCCAUAAUACUGAAGCCAUAACCUUCCCAGCUGACUGUUGUGCCUUUGGACCUGGUUCACCGACUGCAGUCCACUCAGAUAAUGAUCGUUUUGGUUCCGGAGUGAAGUGAUGGAUCCAUGUUUCAUCCUUUGUCACAUAUCAACGCAAAAAAUCUGUUAUUACUUGUAAACAUGCCCAAACGCAGCUCUAAAACAUCAACACGUUGUUGUUUUUGAUCUACUGUGAGAAAACGCGGUACCCACUUUGAAAAAGCUUUCUCGUGGACAAAUAUUCAUACAAAAUUGUAAACACACUGCCUUCUGAUCUCUUUAGGGCCUCAACUGUCUCACGCAAUUUCAAUUUACGAUUAGAAAUCACCAAUUUGUGGACUUUUUUGAUGUUUUCUGGUGUAACUGCUCCAAUUGGCCGACCAGAACGUUCACAAUCUUCGGUGUCUAUACGACCACGUAUUUUCGAUGAAGUAUAAUACUUUUGAAGCCAUUGCAGAGCUUCUGCAGUAUUUUUUUUUGACAUCAAGAAGCAAUGUUAAACAAACGAAAUUAUUUUGAAAAUAACAAAAGUACCUUCACUUAAAUUGCUGUCACUUUUUUCUAACUAAUCCAAAUGUCAUGAAAUUUGAAACAAAAUCUUUUGAAAGUUGAUACUUCAUAAACGUCAUAUGUUUUUGACAAUGUCAGCGCCAUCUGUGUGUCAGUCACAAAACUUACUGAGUGAUGUUACAUCUCCGAAAUAAAUAUUACUAUUAAUGUACUAAUGACAUCAGUAGUUAUAUGAUAUAUUUUCGAUUUGAAUUACUACUGGAGUUAAAAUGAGAUUUGGUUCACUUUUAAAGAAAAUCUAUUUAUUUGUGAGCAGAUCGUGUAAGCACAAUUUACACCGUAACGUGGUCGGUUGGUACCAAUGAUUCAUGUUUGACAGUUGACUUAACAAAUAUCACUUAAAUUAAAAAGUUUGUUGAAGUCGGAAGAAAACAUUUCCUGUAAGCGGUAUAUUGGGUGAAGAACUUCAUUUUACACCAACCAGAAUUACCUCCAUAAAUAAUUUAAUACUUGUUAAAUCAAAAAACAAUUAUGAAAAAUGUAUGACCAGGUGUCGGAUAAAUGGGCCACUAUUAUGACAGAAAAUUUGUUAAUCGUAUUUUUUUAUAUUUAGUUAUAAAUGCUCAACAAUGUAGAUGACUUAGACUAUGUUAAAGCGAAAGUUAAAUAUCCGUCAAAAUAUUGGCGCAACGUCCAGUCAGCUGUCAAAAUGAAACUGUCAUUCAGGGUCACCAACUCAUUACAUAAAAUUACCAAAAAUCAUUUCAAAAUGGAAUCCAAUAUGGAAACAAACAAAGAAUAUUUUAGAACUUUUUGAUUAACAUCAAUUCUCAAAUAAAACAGAAAUCUAUAAUACUCAAUAUAUUAAACAAAAUAAAUAAUAGAAAAUUGAAAUACUGUUUAUAAUAAACAAAUAUACAGGAUGAUAAUAAAAUAGCAGAUUGGGGAUAGAGUGUGAUAUAUAACGUUUUAAAUGGAAGUUAGUAUAAAAUGUAUGUUUGUUAGUUUAAUUUGUACUUAAGUCAAUGUUAUUAAAUAUAUGAUUUUUAAUUGAAUUUUUAAUAUACAAGUUGAGUUUUUAGCGAAAAAAUAAAACAGUUGUUUAUAAAAGAUACUCAAAGAAAAAUAUUUACUUAAAAAACAUUUUUUCUUAUUCACAUAUCAUUUAACCACUCGUGUUCUAAAUUGUCGUCUCUGUGUGCGUCAAAUUUGCGUUUUCCCUUUGCCCUUGAAACACUAGAUAAACGUUCGGGUUUCAUACGGUUCAAAAUUGCGCUUCAAACACAAACUUCAGGAUUCAGGUUAUGUAGACAUUUUUUAAAAAUGUAUUUAGCGUGGAUUCAGAAGAUUUUUUCUCGUACAUUAUUGGUUGCAGAAAUAAAUUUCGAUAAUGCAUCAUCACUUAAUGAAGAAGACAAUAAAAGGACCCAAAAUAUUAUCUACUCGUCUUCUAAAUUGUCGUCUCUGAGAUGUGUGCGUCAAAUUUGCGUUUUUCUUUUGCCCUUCAAACACUAGUUAAACUUUUGGGCUUCAUAAGGUUCAAAUUUGCGUUUCAAACACAAACUUCGGGAUUGACAUUAUGUAGACAUUUUAUAAAAAUGUAUUUAGCGAGGAAUCACAACCGAAGCUCCGUCAUUUUUGACAUAUAUGCGUCAGUCGGCGUUGUGCUACAGCCACGUAAACAUGUCCGCCAUUAUUGAUGCUCCCGUUAAGUGUGAAUUACGAAAUGUGAUUCGUUUUCUACAGGCUGUAGAAAUCUAUUGGAGAAAGAGGAAAACUUCAUGAGUGAUGGUAUUGUGCGUGAUUGGUGACAUGAUGAAGGGAGCCAACGACGCAAAUAUGUCGUUUCACAUAACCUAGUUCAACUAGUUGACAGAUUGGUUAAAAAAACCGCAGAUUCACAGAAUUUCCAGAAGUUUCAUGGUCUGUUUUGUACUCUAUUGCUACUGAACGGUUAGGGUACAUUGGCGGCAACUUUCUUUGAAGGGGGUAUCGAAAAGCUUGUCCAAAGAUAUGAAAAAUGUCUCAAUAUGUUUUUUAUAACUUGUCUUUUAUUAAUAACCUAUCGGAGGUUGAAAAAAAAACGUCCCUCGUAGAUAUUGCUUGUUCUACGUUAUAAAUUAAUUUUAGUAACUUUAUUUUUUGAAUCAUAUUGUAUAUUGGUACCCGAAGAUACAUUUCUUAUUAGUGAUUUUGAUCGAUAAGUUCAAAAUUUUUUAAACAAUGUCUUAAAAAGAGUUGUCAAACCUAAAAACUCGCCCUGUAUAUCGAAAUACUUUUAAUUUAUAUUGUAUAUUUUAUAUAAUGUUCCAUUAUUUGUUUAGUGAAAGUAAAUAUAAGAAGUUUAUACAAACAA